AUGUUGUACAAGCUGGUCGCCAGUCUACUGUUCGCGUACUUAGCUGAAUGUAACAUCAUAAUUCAGCGCGAAGACUGUGAAACAUAUCGUUGUUUAGAGGACAUUAUACACUAUCUAUUUAGGAAUGAGUCUAUUUUAUUCGUUAAUGAGAGGAACUAUUCCUGCCUUGAAUUCAAGUUCAAUGUCAUGUCAGUUUCUACCUAUUAUGACAAGUCAUUUGAUAAGCAUAGUAACAUUAUAAUAGAUUCACGCAACGUAUAUGACAGUCUAUCAAGGGUUCCAGGUCCAGAUAAAAGGAUACUUGUUAUACUACGAGAAAAUGGUGCAAUUGGUUACAAGGAGAUGAUGCUAAAGAUGUGGUGGAUGAAGAAAACAAAAUUAGCUAUAUCUAGAAUUCACCAAAGAAAAGUAGAGCUACUUACAAAUUUUUAUAUGAAAACAGAAGAAGUAUGUCCAGACCUUCAUUUUGAAAGAUAUGAUGACUACUGCACAAGACGAAGUGCUGUGAAGAUUCAAGUUAAUGUAAAAGAGCAUUGUGUUAUGAAUGUAGGCUAUGCUGUGGACUUUCCCUUUGUAGAUGAUAUUCAUAGCAAGGUGAAUCCAGGAGUUGUUGUCUCUUUAAUCAGAACCUAUAGUCAAGUAAGGAAAGUUACACUGAACUAUAUGAACAGUGAAGUCUAUCAGGAUGAGUUCGUGAAUAAUGGCACCGUACACAAGCUAAGAAGACAUCUGUUGGAAAAUAAGAUCCAAAUAGCUAUUGGCCACUUGUUCAUGAACAGAACGGAUGUGAAUCCCUUUUACUAUGGUCCUGUUAUAUUCAAAGACUACAUAGAGUUUGCUUGGAGAAAGUUUUUGAGAUUGGGCAGCUUCCAAAAGAUGACACUCGUAUUCGAUAAGGUGGUCUGGAUCUGCUUCGGUGUAACAUUUUUGAUUGUAGUUAUCGCUUAUUUAUUCACCAGCUUAAUCGUAAAGGAGCAAGUUGGAUUUGCUGUCAUUUUGACAGACCUGUUUGGUGUCAGUGUUGGUACAGGGCUGUAUCGUAUACCCCAUUCCACGCCCCUCAAAAUAAUCGCUCUUGUCUACCUGAUUUUUUGCUUCAUUAUCGACUCAGCUUACUUGGGGAAGCUGAGCAGUAUCCUAACCAAACCCGUAUCCGAUAAGCAGGAGAACAUAUGGCUCAGUGGUGUGAGGUGCAACAUAUCUCACUACGUUGGCAGAGAGACAAAUCUAUAUUAUCUCCUAGCUAGUACUGGAAGGAUGAUACCGCAGUUCACGAAAAAGUACGGAACGGGAUAUAUUAAUGAAACUCAAAGGUUUCUACUAGAAAGGGUAUGUAUUAAAUCUCAAAAGAAUGUCACGCUAGCAAGAACACAGCAAAACAGCACUCUUAUCUUCCAUUCGUUGGUGAAGGCCAUGCCUACUGAAGCCAGUAUGGUUGACCAUGGCAUUUUUGAAGCUCUAAAAGUAUCCCUAUUCUGUACCUACUUCAUCGGAAACUAUACAGCCCUGAAAGACUCCCUCCAAUUUUGGAGCCAACAAAUCGUGGAGAUGGGAUUCGUCGUCAAAUGGAUGAGAGAUAUCACUGGAUUGCGAAAGAUGACCGAACAUGACGUAGAAUCUAAGAUCGAACCUUUGGAAUUAGAACACUUUGAAAUUGUUUUCAAAGCGCUUCUAUUGGGAUACAUAGUUGCCACGAUUCAACUGAUUGCGGAAAUUGGAUACAACAGGCUCAACAUAAAGUACUGUUUGACUGAGAGGUUCCGGUUCUGCUGUACUUCAAGGAACACCAACACAGCAUAA